GCGGUUACCAGCUGGUCCCGCCCGCCCGACGCAGGCGCCGCGCAGCCAAUCGGUGGCUGCCACACAGCGGCCCGAGCCGGGCUUGGGGGUUGGGACCUCCGGCUGCAGGUCCGCCUGGGCCAGACGCGCGAGCGCAGGCAGCCGGUGUGUGGUCGCGCGCACGACCUCCGCAGUCCUAGUCGAGCCGCGACCCUUCCGGCCGCCUCCACCCCACCUCGCCGCCAUGCGCCUUCGCCGCCUUGCGCUAUUCCCGGGCGUGGCGCUGCUUCUCGCCGCGGCCCGCCUCGCCGCUGCCUCCGAUGUGCUAGAACUCACGGACGACAACUUCGAGAGUCGCGUCUCCGACACGGGCUCUGCGGGCCUCAUGCUUGUGGAGUUCUUCGCCCCCUGGUGUGGACACUGCAAGAGACUUGCUCCUGAAUAUGAAGCUGCAGCUACCAGAUUAAAAGGAAUAGUCCCAUUAGCAAAGGUUGAUUGCACUGCCAACACUAACACCUGUAAUAAAUACGGAGUCAGUGGAUAUCCAACCCUGAAGAUAUUUAGAGAUGGUGAAGAAGCAGGUGCUUAUGAUGGACCUAGGACUGCUGAUGGAAUUGUCAGCCACCUGAAGAAGCAGGCAGGACCAGCUUCAGUGCCUCUCAGGACUGAGGAAGAAUUUAAGAAAUUCAUUAGUGAUAAAGAUGCAUCUGUAGUAGGUUUUUUCGAUGAUUUAUUCAGUGAAGCUCACUCUGAGUUCCUAAAAGCAGCCAGCAACUUGAGGGAUAAAUUUUCAGAUUUGGUACAUACGAAUGUUAAGUCUCUGGUGAACGAGUAUGAUGAUAAUGGAGAGGGUAUCAUCUUAUUUCAUUCACAUCUGACUAACAAGUUUGAGGACAAAACUGUAGACACACAGAGCAAAAAUGACCAGUGGCAAAAUUAAAAGUUCAUCCAGGAAAACAUUUUCGGUAUCUGCCCUCACAUGACAGAAGACAAUAAAGAUUUGAUACAGGGCAAGGACUUACUUAUUGCUUACUAUGAUGUGGACUAUGAAAAGAAUGCUAAAGGUUCCAACUACUGGAGAAAUACAGGUAAUAAGAGAAUUUACCAUGAACUUUCUGAUUUUGGCUUGGAGAGCACUGCUGAGGCAGAUUCCUGUUGUUGCUAUCAGAAUCAAGCUGAUGGGAAGGCUCUGGAGAGGUUCCUGCAGGAUUACUUUGAUGGCAAUCUGAAGAGAUACCUGAAGUCUGAACUCAUCCCAGAGAGCAAUGAUGGGCCUGUAAAGGUAGUGGUAGCAGAGAAUUUUGAUGAAAUAGUGAAUAAUGAAAAUAAAGAUGUACUGAUUGAAUUUUAUGCUCCUUGGUGUGGUCACUGUAAGAAUCUGGAGCCCAAGUAUAAAGAAUCCUGGAGAGAAGCUCAGCAAAGACUCCAAAAUAUCAACAUAGCCAAGAUGGAUGAGGCCAAUGAUGUGCCUUCUCCAUAUGAAGUCAGAGGUUUCUCUACUAUAUACUUCUCUCCAGCCAACAAGAAGCUAAAUCCAAAGAAAUAUGAAGGUGGCCGUGAAUUAAGUGAUUUUAUUAGCUAUCUACAACGGGAAGCUACAAACCCCCCUGUAAUUCAAGAAGAAAAACCCAAGAAGAAGAAGAAGGCACAGGAGGAUCUCUAAAGCAGUAGCCAAACGCCACUUUGUAAAAGGACUCUUCCACCAGAGAUGGGAAAACCAUUAGGGAGGACUGGGACCCAUAUGGGAAUUAUUACCUCUCAGGGCUGAGAGGACAGAAUGGAUAUAAUCUGAAUCCUGUUAAAUUUUCUCUAAACUGUUUCUUAGCUGCACUGUUUAUGGAAAUACCAGGACCAGUUUAUGUUUGUGGUUUUGGGAAAAAUUAUUUGUGUUGGGGGGAAUGUUUUGGGGGUGGGGUUGAGUUGGGGGUAUUUUCUAAUUUUUUUUGUACAUUUGGAACAGUGACAAUAAAUGAGACCCCUUUAAACUGUCUUACUUUCCACAAGAUUGAGAACCAGGUGUUCUCUGCACACUGUCACUGUUCAAUAGAGCUUUCCUCAGUGAUGGAAAUGCUCUGUAAUUUACACUGUUCAGUACAGGUAGCUAUGGAGCAUCUGAAAUAUGGCUAGAAACUACAUUUUUAGUCUUCAUUAAUUUAAAUAGCAAUACAGUUGCUACCAUACUGAUCACUGCAGCUGUAGACUGACUGACUGGGUCCAUAAUCACCUCAAAAUUCUUUCAAAAUUUAUUAUCUCUUUCUCUCCUUACAUGUUUAUUGCCCAGGCCUACCCUGGUGAUGACAACAGGUGAAGGGCCUUUCUUGUUAGGCUGUCCAUGCCCUAAGGAUGGGUUCCUGUUUAUCCUUGCCACGCAGCUAAGCUGACUGCAUAUUUAUACCUCCCAAGGACUGUUCUCUGCCCAGAAAUGCCCUUUCAAGGGUGUGGCAUCACGAGGUUUCAUCCAAGUUGUUUCAGGAAUUGCUGACGCUGCUGGGUGCAGUUCUAUCUCCCAAAGCCUAGGGUGUGGCCCUUUAACCUCCCCCUUCAGUAGAACUGGGAAAAGCAGUAUCAUUCCUAGUUAUGAGUAAAGCAUCCACUUUCUUUUGUAACAGUGAGGAACAGAAAGGACUGAAGAGUGAUCUUUUGUCCAACUAAACCAUUUAUCUCCUUUUGUAGGUAAAUUCAAAUCCUGCCCAGUUAUAGUUUUCAGUCACUGGAUAAUUCGAGGUAGGAGCGCUACUUUAGGUGAUCCUAGGAAUUCCUAUGUUCAGAAAAGGAUUUUCUUCCUACUAUAUAAUUACAGUAUGUAGCUGUCAAUUUUAAGAUGAAUUUGGUAGAGCCUUACAGCAAAGUAUGUAUCUUGGUCACACACAGAGCUUGGAAAAAGUAAAAGAUGUCUAAACCAUAAU